AUGGGUCUCUGGGAUCAGGCGCUGGCACUGCAGUGGGUGUCCGACAACAUCCAGCACUUCGGUGGCGACGCCUCGCGUAUAACAGUGUUUGGCGAGUCGGCCGGCGGCUGGUCUACGAGUUUGCAUCUGCUAUCGCCCGUCACUCGACACCUGUUUCAAAACGCUAUACUCAUGUCUGGGGCUGCAAUCAACCGGAACGCUGGCGAACCGGCCCGCGAUGUGGCCCUUAAGUGGCUUAAAGGGGCGCAGGCUAUUGGGUGCACACCGGCCGACAAACCGCCGGCCACUGAAUUCACUCCGGAGAUCAUAGAGUGCUUCCAGAGGGCACCGGCAGAAACACUGUCAGCCAUACCAUUUAUGCCAACCCUGAUGGAGGGUGUGGUGGGCUGGAAUACAGUGGUCGUGGUUGAUGGUGAGUUUUUGCCAGACCUACCCCUCCGGAUGCUCAACAACGGUGACCACAAACACGCGGUCAAUGUAAUGGUGGGGACCGCUCAGGACGAGGGCUCCUGGAUAUUGUGGUUCAGUGAGGACUCUGUCAAAUAUGCCCGACAGUCACCGCCCGCUAUCACAUACACCGAAGCGUACAACGAGUUGAGCCGUAUAUCGCGUAAAAUGUGGUCCAAAGAGCCCAUCGAUGGGGAACUGGCGGCUAAAGUCUACUUCAACGGUCUGUCCGACGAGUCGCCCGACGACCUGCUCCGGCGGACUAUAGGCAUAGCUGUGGGCGAUUAUCUGCUCGGCUGCCCAGUGUUGCAGUUUGGCCGUACGUUGUUUGAAAAUGACCCUGAUAACACCCGCGUGUAUCAGUACCUGUACAAUAGCAAACUGGGUCGACCAAAGUUGGUGUGUACCGAUUGGUCCGGUGUUUGCCAUUUCGAUGACGUGUACCCCGUGUUCGGAGUGCCCUUCUACCAGGCAAACAGGUUUGUCGACGGGGAACGACAGGUGUCGGCCAAAGUGAUCGAUAUAUUUUCAACAUUUGCCAAAACUGGUCAACCCCCGGAACAAGAGGGCGCCCAUUGGGACGAAUAUUAUCGGCUAAACAACUAUACAAUAACCCCGUAUUACGAGAUCACGAGUCAACCCAAACCGGUCACUAAUUUUGGUGCCGGACUUAAGAUUGUUGAAUGCGAGUACUUGUGGAAAAAGUACAUUGAUCAACAGUGAGCAUGAUAAAACAUGUAAUAAUUGUCUAAACUGCAUACAUACAAACAGCACCAUCACAGUC